AUGGACUGGACCUGGAUUGAGACGGCAGAGUCUGGAGAUUCUGUGGCUGCCGUCAAGCGGCUGGUCUGUGAGGCAGCCAUGCGAGGCCAGCGUGUGAUGGAGAACGAAUGUAGGUGCUGGAACCCGGCCGCCUGGCUCCUGGUGUCCCUGCUGGGAUCCCUCGUCUUGGUGGCCGUCAGUGUUCUGCGACACGGAGACUUGAAAAUAAACAGACGAGCUGUAAACACUGAUGUGUCGAUGCAGUACCAAGUACAACUGGUGAACGGACUGAACAGGUGUGAGGGUAGAGUGGAGGUAUUCUACAACAACUCAUGGGGCACAGUGUGUGACGAUGAAUGGGACAUGGUGGAUGCCAACGUGGUGUGUCGGCAGCUAAACUGUGGAGUGGCUGUGGCGGUGGGCAGCAGCUCUAAGUUUGGACAAGGCACAGGGCCCAUCCUGCUCGAUAAUGUAGAUUGCAGAGGAAAUGAAAGAAGCCUCAGCGAGUGCCCCGCUCCGGCCUGGGGCGUCCACAACUGUUACCACUAUGAAGACGUGGGUGUUACCUGCAGAGAUUCUAAUAAAAUACAACAGAGACUAAAAAUCAGUUGUAGAGAAAAUGUAUCCAGUCCCUAUCAAUCGCCCCCUCUCCAUCUUGGUUUAGGUGAUGGCACCAUCCGUCUGUUGGAUGGAUACAACUCCUGCCAGGGCCGGGUGGAGGUCUUCUACCAGGGAGACUGGGGGACAGUGUGUGAUGACGAAUGGAGCUUCGACAAUGCCGUGGUGGUGUGCCACCAGUUAGGCUGUGGCAAUGCCGUCCACGCACACACUAACUCUUACUUUGGCUACGGAACGGGUCGGAUUCUUCUGGACAACGUCAACUGCUACGGCUCUGAACCGGACCUGACUAGAUGCAAAAGCCUGCCCUGGGGCAAACACAACUGCGGUCAUCAUGAGGACGCUGGAGUCACCUGCACUGGUACCAGCACUGUACCUACUUUGGUAACAGAAAACCAGAGAGGGCUCUGGGUAACAUACACCAGUGAAGCAACAGAAAGCAUUCCAGUCACCAACGCUCCAACUACAAAAACCGUCACCACAAUUGCCCAGACAAAAGGCAAACCAACCAUUCGUCUGGUCAAUGGUAACCAUAGCUGUGAGGGUCGUGUAGAGGUCCAAUACAAAAAUAUUUGGGGGACGGUGUGUGAUGAUGACUGGGACAUGUUCAACGCUAACGUGGCGUGCAGGCAGGUAGGCUGUGGCCCAGCUAUGGGGGCCAUGACACAGUCUCACUUUGGCUUCGGUUCUGGUCUCAUCCUGCUGGACAAUGUGGAAUGUAGUGGCUCGGAACGGGAGCUGUCCCAGUGCUUCCACCUGGGCUGGGGUCAGCACAACUGUCGCCAUCAUGAGGAUGCUGGAGUUAUCUGUGCACCUUCUGAUUUUUACUUUGGAAAUGGACGUGACUUUAGAGCAACAGAGAACAUACCUGCCACCACAUCAGAACCAUCUGAAGGAAUACUGAGACUGGUGGGAGGCCAGCACCGGUGUGAGGGUCGCGUAGAGAUUUACUCAAAUUCUGAAUGGGGCACAGUGUGCGAUGAUGCUUGGGACAUCCCUGACGCUCAGGUUGUAUGUCACCAUGUGGGCUGUGGGGAGGCCACAGCUGCUCGGGGAGAAGCUUUUUUCGGGCCUGGCACAGGAAAGAUUCUGCUGGACAAUCUCAAGUGCAGCGGUGAGGAGGAAACCCUGCAGGAGUGCUCCCAUAUAUCCUGGAACGUGCACAACUGUGACCACUCCGAAGAUGCUGGCGUCACCUGCUCACUGUCGUGA